AUAUUUUGCAUUCGGGACGCUGCCGCGUCUCUCAAUAACUAACGGAGUGAUCAUAUUUGUUACAGUAUGAAAACUGGGAUGGUGAUUUGCCUGCUGCGAAAUCGACGCGGAGUACAGGUUUCAGCUGAAUAAAAAAUGCGAGAAAAAGUGAAGGAGAGAAACUAGAAAUUUAGCAGCGGUCGUGCAGUUCACUGACUACUUGAGUCGAAAGUCGAAAGCUGCGUGAACAAUCGUGGCAUGUAUGAACGGGACGUCGUUCGUAGCAAAUGUCUAGUGUCAAAUUAACCAUGCUGAAACGCGUAUUCGAGAUCGUACAGACCAAUUGAAAGUAAUUAAGAAAAGAUGGUGUCAUUAAUAAAAAAGCAACUGUUGAAACAUCUGUCCAGGUUUACCAAGAAUUUGUCGGCAGAUAAAAUAAACUUAAGCACGUUCAAAGGAGAAGGCGAAUUGACAAACUUGGAACUCGAUGAGACGGUCUUAACAGAUUUAUUAGAGUUGCCAUCGUGGCUUAGAUUAACAAGCGCUUGGUGCAAUAAAGUUUCGUUCCGCAUACAAUGGACCAAGCUGAGAAGUGUUCCUAUUUUUUUGAGUUUGGAUGAAGUUCAUAUAGAAGUAGAAACAUGCGAAGACUUAAGGGAUUUAACAUCCCCGCAAGGACUGUCCUCGUAUACAGGACCUGGGAAAUAUUCUUUUAUACAAAAAGUGAUCGAUGGUAUAACAGUGACUGUCAAUACAGUGUCAGUUACGUUUAAGAGCCCUGCGUUUAUUGCUUCAGUUCAGUAUGAAAACUGGGAUGGUGAUUUGCCUGCUGCGAAAUCGACGCGGAGUACAGGUUUCAGCUGA